AAGCCACACACCGUGAAUUGAAUCGUUUUCUUGACAUGUUGAACGCCAUGAUUGUUCACAAAAGAGAGCAGAUAGAGAAUGGAGACCUUCAGAACAAGGAUUUGGAAGAGAAUGAAAAAGAUCUCUUGACGUUGAUGAUUGAAAGUGAAAAGAGAGGAGAAGGCAUUUUAUCGAAUCAAGAAUUACAGACCAAUAUUUGUUUGUUCUUUUUAGCUGGCCAUGAUACUACUUCAAAUACACUUUCUUUUGCUAUGUAUUAUCUAGCUACACAUCCUGAUAUUCAACAAAAAGCAAGAGAAGAGGCUAUUCGUGUUCUUGGUGAUGCGCCCAUGGAUAUCAUACCAACCAUAGAUCAAGCAAAACAAUUUGACUAUAUAAACCAAGUCAUCAAAGAGACACUAAGAAUCAAUGGCCCUGUUGUUGGCCUUGUACCUCGCAUUUCAGAAACAAUAGUUGGUGAAUAAAAUAGGUAGUACAAGCUGUGGGCCCCAAUUGAAUGAAGGUCAACUUUUACACGAAGCGAAGCGGAGGGGCUAAAAGUUUCCGGAAUUCUGGGGGCAUCCACAACUUGUAGGUAGUACUGGUAUAAAAAAAUUCGAUAGAAAUAAUAAUAGCAGAGGUAAAUUGACGGCUUUCGACCUAGAGGCGAAAGUGGAG